AGCAAUCGCCUAGCUCACACUGAGCUUACCGCUGUUAUUUUACACGCCACUCGUAAUUGUUCGUACAUUCUCUUUCAAAUCGAUGUCGUUGCAGUGUUCACAAGAGACGAGCGAGUCUAUUACAUUUGUGUCGAGCAUACGUAAAUAUAUCUGACAGUCGUGGGUACAUAGUCUGCCGCAGAGCUGCUUUUGUCGCAGUGAAUAAUAUCAUUAUUUUUACUGAGACCAUAAGCGGCAACAUAUUCACAAUUCCAACACGUCUGUUGUGUGAUGGUGAUACACUGAUAAUUCCACGACUAUACGUCGCACUACUUCUCUUGGCUCAAGUAUAAGUUUACAAGCUGACAAGCUGAAUGUAUUCAUCCGCUAACCUCAGAACGCGUUUCGAGGGCAGGCAAAUGAUGUAGAAUGCAGAGACCGUACCUUAAUUGCUCGUAGCUGUGUAGACCCAGUGAUUCGUUUUUAAAAGCAUGGAGCAAACUAAACCGCUGCCGCAGAAGCUAUUCAUUUCUACUGUUUUGGAAAAUAAGGAUGAAUUAGAGGAGAAAUAUGAGAAGUGCUAUACAUCACUGCAGUCACUGGUGUCUGGUCUUUCUGAGAAGGAGGCACAAAAUGCACUUAAUGCAGCUGUUUGCAAGGAUAAAGUACAUGAAGAGCUUUCUUUGGGCCUGCUGUAUGCAAUACUAACAGAACCUGAACGGGCACCUCGGUGGUAUCGUGAUCUUACUUUAGUUAGCCGCGAUGGACUGGCACAUGUGCUUGCUAGUCUCACUCAUCUUGUUAUGGAACGAUACCUCAGACUUACUGAUAGAGCACGUUCCCAACUUUUGUGGCUUGUUCGAGAAAUGAUCCGUGCUUCUGUUGCUAAUGUGGACUCACUUUGUUGGAGCUUGCAGAGGCAUGCUGCAGGAGGAGAUGUCUCGCCUCGUAACCUUGUUCUUGUUGAAGCUCUGCUUGAUCUCUACACUGAAAACAGGGCAUGGCUGGAUAAGUUUCCGCUGCUCACUGCUGCUGCUGCUUACACAUUUUUGCGCCUUAUAGAGGACCAUUUCUCACCAUCACUGGCUGCCCUGCGGCAGCGUGAAGUUACUUUCGUUGUGACAUUGUUACGAGAGCGUUUCUCGGAUUGCCUGGCCAUUGGCCGUGAUCUUGUACGAUUGCUUCAAAACGUUGCACGAAUUCCAGAAGUUGAGCAAUUGUGGAAGGAUAUUUUGCUGAACCCACGCUCUUUGUGCCCAACAUUCACAGGUGUCCUUCAGCUGCUACAGUCCAGGACUUCAAGGAGGUUUUUACAGUCUCGUCUUACACCUGAUAUGGAGAGAAAGCUGGUCUUCCUCACUUCACAAGUUAGAUUUGGUUAUCACAAACGGUAUCAAGAAUGGUUUCAAAGGCAGUACCUGGCAACACCUGAAUCACAGUCUCUACGCUGUGACCUAAUUCGAUUUAUUGUUGGUGUUAUUCAUCCGACAAAUGAAUUGCUGUGUUCUGAUAUCAUACCACGAUGGGCUGUCAUUGGUUGGCUACUUACAACAUGCACAUCUGUUGUGACUGCUUCUAAUACGAAAUUGGCAUUAUUCUAUGACUGGUUGUUCUUUGAUUCAGACAAGGACAAUAUAAUGAAUAUAGAACCAGCAAUUUUAGUAAUGAACAACUCAAUGCGGUCCCAUCCAGCUGUAACUGCAACUCUACUUGACUUCCUGUGUAGGAUUGUGCCCAACUUUUAUCCUGCACUGGCAGAGAAAGUGCGUGCUGGCAUCUAUGCAUCCCUCCGUCAGAUCCUAGAUAAACGAGUACUGCCAUCAUUGUUUCCCUUGUUUGAUAACCCCAAACUGGAUGGAGAGCUGCGUGCUAUGGUCCACGAUGUCUUCAGGGAGUUCUGCCUGCCACCUUCUUCAGAAGGAGUCAAGUUAGAAGAUCCUGGAGUCAUUGUGAAGGAUGAGCCAGCUACCGUGACAGACCAGGAUACUAAUCACGAUGAUGCAGUGGAUGGUGAUGGGCCAACUGCUCCAGGUAGCGUCCAGCACAGCUCUGAACCAACCUUUAGUGAUGACGAUGAGGAUCCACAGGGCUCUAGUUCUGCUCCGGUACUUACACCUGCCACAGUUCUCAGUCGUACACAUGCACCACGUCUGCACUCUCUGGACGAAGAAGACGACGAUGACAUUCCCCUUGCAAAAGUUCGUCUCAAAGAGAAGCCAACUGCAGAUUCUGAUGCAGAUGCAGAUAUCAUUCAGCAGUUGGAUGGAGAUUUCCGGUUAGCUGUAGAGUCUCUACAUACCGAGACAGACAACGAAGCCAGAUGCCAGGCAAUGGAACGGUUGGUGCAGCUGAUAGUUCAGGAAGAUGACAUUGAUUCUGAAACCACGGCUGUUCUGGGGCAGUGUCUUGCUGUUGUAUUAAAAGAGCAAUUUGAAGGAACAGUUUUCCCUGAGGAAGUCAAUGAUGAGAACAUAGAGGACAGUAUUGGGAAGCCACUAUUUGUACUAUUACGGAAUCUUAUUCAGUUGCCUGAAGAUGAUAGCAGGCGGCUACCAUUGCUAGCAGUCCUUGCAGAACUGGCGCCCCAAGCACAACGUGUUGGCUACUUACUCCUGUACUUCCUGAAGGCCUGCAAACUGAAUGACGGAAAGGCAUCAGUCUACAAGGACUUCUGCCAGACAAUGGACAAAAAGCUUGAAGAUUGCCUCCUGGAAGAUCUUAGGUUAUGCCAGGAAGAAGAUGUGAGAUUACUUGUGUGGUUGCUGCCUGAGGUAUAUGCACAGUUUCCUGCAGUCGCCGUGGGCAAUGCUCAACUGCUGCAACUAGUUGUAUCUGCAGUAGAUGCCUUGCAGUUACAGGAACUUGUCUGUCAUAUUCUCCAAGGACGCCUCGUAAUGUUUCGACAUGAUGGAUUUCGUGCUCUUCUUUCUGCAUCACUUUCGUGGGAGACUUUCGAGCAGUACUGUUUGUGGCAGCUUGUAGCUGCACAUGGCAUUCCAGUUGAUUACAUACUACCCAUUCUGCCACGCCUGGAAUUCACAAGACAUGCUGAGGCUUUGACUUCUAUUCUUUUAAUGCUGAAGCAGGAAAGGCCAACAGAAGAGCUCCUUCGGGUAAUUCUGUCAAGAGAAGUACGAGGUGGGGAUAUGUUUGUUGUGUCAGCAUUACGAUGUUGGUGCCGUGAGCACGAGGAAUUGUUAUGUCGCCUCGUUGCUCAACUACUGACACCUGUUGGAGGAACAAAUUCAUCACCUGGGAAACGAAAACGUGGUGGUGGGAAUCAGCAACCAGGAGGAAAACCAUCACCGAGUAGUGGUACCCCUCCUGUAGAGCAGGUACUCGGGCAUCUCGACCAUUUGCGGCAAUCCUGCAAACAAAAUGGUUGCCGACUGUAUGGGUCAGAGGUGGUACAAAGAGCCCUGUUGCAGGCACAGUCCCAGUGCAGUGAUCCACAGAGGAAACGUUUCUCUGACCUCUUUGCCCUUGCUGAAGUAGAGGAACUGGAACCGCGGGGUCGGAGAGGAGGUGGGGGAGGGGGUGGUCGUAAACCAAGAGGGAAAGGGAGGCAAGCAACUCGACCAUCUGAUUCUUCAGAAGAUUCUAGUGAGGAAGAGGAGGUGGUGAAGCCAAAGCAAGCGAAAAAGAGGAAAAAGACUAACCCAGUAGGUUCGGACAGUGACUGACCGCACAGUUAUGGUGAACAAAGUGUGUGGAGCUGGUGACAGAACCUCAAUGGUGCCCUUCUAUAUGACUGACAAAUUGGUGGUCAAACCAUAAAGUUGGUGUUGUCAAAGAAGGGCGUAUUAUUAUGACUUCAUAUUCUCUUGAUGGGCAUAGAUUUAUGGUGCUCUUCCUCUCCGAGUUGUUUUGCAGGGUAAACUUGAUCGUGUGUACAGUAACAUACUUUUGUAAAUAAAUGAACUGACCAUUUCGUGUGUCAGUGAAAACCCUCAUGUCUUAGUGUUGUUUUGGACCCAGACGGCAACAACAUUGACCCUUGUUCAUGUGUAACGUGCGAAUGAAAAACUGGAUUUGGUGUUCAGAGUGUUAACAGAUUUUAUAGUUACAAUUUAAUGACGGCAGAACGUUGGCAUGAAAAUAUUGCCACUCCAGAGGACACAUUCAUUCCUGCACCUUGUAGUGUUGUUCUACUAGGUGAACAUAGACUAUAUUUUAUGAAGAGUGGUUUAUUGUAUAUAUUUACAUUGUCAAGCACUCUUCUUAGAGUGGCUCAUUUCAUUGUCUGGAGUACGAUGCUGUUCAGUGUGCUGUUAAUUUUGACUGAAAACAUUUCAUCACGGAACAAUAUAAGCUGUAAGUUUGAAACAUGUAUGUGAACAGUCACAAUUUGCAUGCAGCUAUUCCCUUUAGAUAAAUAAUCAUUACAAGUGCCUUGAUUGACAGAAUGUGGAAUAGCAUUUGGCAAGCUUUAAUAAAAGUAGCACCAUUUUAAAUUCAGAACUUGAGCUUCUGAAGAAAUUGCAAAUAUUUUUUUUAACAAUGUUAUUAUACGGGUGCAGUUCACAUGGACUGCAAAGCAGUAAAUAAGAAUGCGGUAGUUUUUAGUGGCGUGCUAGAUCCUGAUUUUUGCUGCUGCUAUAAAGAAUUUCUCCACGACGUAGUUUAUAUUUAUUAAACAUUGCUGACAAGUAAGAGCUAAUAAUCUUAUGGAAAUGAGAUGAUUCAAGACUAUACUGUCUAGCAUUUUAUGAAGAAAAAUUAAACAUGCUGUCAGUAAGUGUUAUCUUGUCAGUAUGUUUCCAGAUAAAACCUCACAAACUGUGACUGGUUCCAAGGAUACAUAUGUACAUGUAUAUGUGCAGAAUUCUAUCUUUAUUCGGAAUAAAUAGAAGUAAAUGUUGUAAGAGAAACUUAAAUUGUGAUAAAGAUGCAUGUAACAUUAAGACAGAGGAGUUACACAAGAGAAUCGUGCAUUCCACUGAGAUGUGAAUAAAAAUGAGAGGGCAUCAUAAAAAAAAUCAGUGCAACUUGUGUGCCUUCCCUGUUAAAACUGUCACUUAUCUGCACUGUGUUAGUUGUUGGAUAUUUCCUUAUGAACUCAUACCAAGUGAGAUAAGAGAAUUGUAUAAAAUGAAGUUAUUCAGAUCAUACCUUGCAUUUAUAUGAUCUUACUACUUUGUUAACUUCUUUGCCGUGUGAAACUUGUAGCUCUAUUUAUUACAGUGUAAUUAUUGUAAAUAUUAACUUAGUAAGAGGAAAAAUUACAGUGAAAUUUUUCUUGUUCAAAUUGUACAGUACAUUUUCCACCUUGUCAUUAUUGUGAAAUUUUUGUAUUUGUGAUAUUUGUGAUGAAUCAAAAAUUAUCUUUGUAUUAAUGUUUCGUAUCGGACAACUGUUGAAAUGUAUAGUAAUUUUGUCAUACACGGACAGAUCACGAAUUUUAUCAUUUUUAAUAUGGCUGCAUUUGGCAGCCGAAAACUAGAGAGUUUUAAUUACCUCCUUAUUUUCAUUACUUUUGUGUAAAUAUAUUGUGAAUACAUUUGAAAUGUUGUGAAAAACUCCAUUUCGGCAUUCUGCACCUGUGAUACAGGUGUUAGAAGAUAAAAUAUUUUUUAAACACAGUUGUAGUUUAUUACCUAAAUGAAAAAAAACUUGGUAUCUUACUCUUUGUUUUCAGAGUAAUAUAUGAAACUUUUGCCAGGCAUCAGAAAAAAUGACAAGUGGAAGAAUAAUUUUUUGGUAUGUAGCUGCCUCGGUUGAUUUACAUUGCCUCCAUAUGUUAAUCUGCGCAAACUGUUUGCUUUUGUUCUCCCUGCCCUCCAUUACAGUCAACCUAUCUCCCUCCUUUUUAUGAUGAACAUAUUACUGACAUUACAGGUAAGAGAUAUACAUUCACGUUAUUAGGACUGAAUGAUAAACAAAAUUAAUUUCAUAGUGCAGCAUGACAGUAUUGCAAUUAAUUUUGAAUGGAAAAUAAUUACAAUAGGAUAACUGUUUGGAUUACAUUUCACAUAUUUUAGUUUUGUACCUAAUAGUUUAUUUAUUAUUUUUCAGAUUGAUGACAGGGUUAAAAUAACUCAUAAAAUGUGGUAAAAGAUUCUAAAAACUGUGGACACUGAUAAUUUUCUGUAGAAUUGUCACUUGUGAGUAGGAUUUCUUUUACAACUAUAAAAUUAUGUAAUAGCACUUGCUUUUCACUGUGCACAAUAAUAUGAAAUGCAUUUGUUUUGCGGUGGUCUGGUGUGAUUUAUAAUUCCUGUAAAAUAUUCAGUAAACAUCUCCUGUGUUUCCAAAAUUAAUCUUUCAGUCUGCACCAGAGGGUGAGAUUUGUGAAACUUCCUGUUACAUACUGCAUGUCAAACAGAAACUAGAACGCAGACCCCUGGCUUUUGUGGAUAAUGCUGUUACCAAUCAUUUUAUUCAGGCAGAACUCACUGCCUUUUUAUUUAGGCUCAAUUUAGUCAGCACCUCUUGUAUAUUUUCCAAGCUUCGAAGAAGUUCUGCUUACUUUGCCCAUAAUAAACAAAGACCUGGGUUUGAGUCAGGAAGAUUCUGAACUCCUUUAUUGCGUAUAAAAAAUUGAAGAGAAUGAAAAAAACUGUGUAACACGUAUAUGACUGGACUAAUGAUUUUUGAAUUCUGAAAUUCCACAUCCACCUUGAAUGUCUGCCCUGUUGUGUAAAUUGAAGACUUUUAUGGCAAGAAGCUUUUGUUGUUAUAAUUACAGCUUAGCCCCUUGGUUUAUUUUGAUUGUGGCAUAGUCUUAAGGUUAGCCUUUUGACCCUUUUCCACAUUAAUAAUGCAUGGUAUUCUGUAAUUAAUAUGUGUGCAAUCAUAUAUUACCAGGAAAAUGUUAUAUCUUAUUACUAUGUUUUUUGGUUAUUGAUUGAUUGCCUUAAUGACAGUGAGAUAGUACAAAAUGUAGAUAAAUGUUAAUUAUAGGAUGAAAAGGUUCAUCAGAAUAUGGAUAAAAAAUUUAUAUUAUUUCUUUGUAUUUUAUGAACUGAUGGCUGUGAAAUAGGAUUAAUGAACUUCA